AUGGUAUCGGAGCAAAUGAUGGCUCAAAAUACUAAUGGGGUUUUGGGUAAUCCGAACCCAACUUCUUCUUCCAUUCUUGGGAAUUUUCAAAAUGCACGUCAACCCAUUGUGCAAACUUCAAAUCCUUUCAGAAAUCCUUUUCAUUUGACGAGCUCAGAUUUCUCAUCAUCCACUUUGAUCUCACUAACCUUGACAGGGGCUUCUCUAACAGCUCAUGAUCUUUGGAUGGAUCUCAAGAAUCGUUACUCUACAGCAAAUCCCACAAGAGAUUUUGAAUUGGUUCGAGCCAUCUCUACGAUCAAACAAGGGAAUUCCUUUGUCACGGAAUAUUAUUCGAGAAUCAAGGCAUUGUGGGAUGAACUUUCUCAAAAUAAAGUGGUUCCAUCAUGCAAGUGUGGAAAAUGUCAAUGUGGUGUCAGUAAGAUGACACUAAAAGAGCAGAACAAACAGAAAUUGAUGCAAUUUCUUAUGGGUUUAGAUUACCACUUCGAGCAUGUCACCAACCAAAUAUUGAUGAUGGAUCCUUUGCUAGAGGUUAGCAAAGCAUUUGCACAGAUAAGUCAACUUGAGAAUAGAUCCACAGUUCAUCAAGAUGGUAAGAAACAAUCUACAGUACAGAAGGAUCAUGCUCUGCAGGAGACCUUGACAUUGUCAGUUCAAGCAUCCAACAAUUUUAGCAAGCCUUCAUACAACAAUACAAAGGAUUACAAGCCUGGGAAGAGAUCUCAGAAUGAAAGAGAAAAGUUGUUUUGCAAAUAUUGUAAGAAAACGAAUCAUAAUGUUGAUAAGUGUUUCAAGCUGGUGGGGUACCCUCCAGAUUAUGAAUUCCAGAACAAAAGGAGCAAGCAGGGAAAUACAAGUUUCACUGAAAAGAGGAAUAUCAAUCAAGUUGAGUCUGUUGUCCAAAAUAACUCAGGAGGCAGCAUACAAUUCACUGGAGAUAAGUACCAGCAUAUCAUUGAUCUUUUGAAAGCAAACAUGGCAGGAAAUCCCUCCAACAAUCAUAUUGUUGCUGUUUCUGCAGUAGGAGGUAACAUGUCUUUAAAGCAUAGUUGGAUUAUUGAUACUGGAGCUUCUGAUCAUGUCAUUUGCAUACAUGAUUAUUUUCAUACAUAUAGAAAACUGCAUAAUUCGUAUGUCACUCUUCCAAAUGGUAGAAAACGUGAAAUUGAUUUCAUAGGAGAUGUUAGAUUAGGCAAUGACAUAAUUUUGACAGGAGCAUUACAUGUUAAGGACUUCAUUUUCAAUUUGAUAUCAGCUAGCAAGUUGGUGAAGAAGAAGCCUUAUGCUCUAAUUUUUGAUGAAAGUCAAUUGCAGGAUACAAACACAUUGAGGAAGAGUGGGAUGGGAAUAAUGCAUAAUGAACUCUACUAUUUGCAUGAAGAAUUAAAACCACAAAAGAAAGCUUUUGUAAAGAUCUGCUCAAUUCAGAAGGAUCAAUCAUGGCACAAAAGAUUAGGCCAUCCUUCUGCUAGGAUCACAGGAAUGUUAGGAAAGGAUUUUGUUGAUACUUGUAAUAGUUGUUCAAUUUGUAUUAUGGCAAAGAUGAAGAGAAAUUCUUUCUCCCUUAGCUAA